CACCUCCGCCAGCCCUGCUCCGACGUGCUGCUCCCUAGGAUGGUGUCCCGAAAGGCCGUGGCUGCUCUGCUGGUGGUGCACGUGGCUGCCAUGCUGGCCUCCCAGACAGAAGCCUUCGUUCCCAUCUUCACCCACAGUGAGCUCCAGAAGAUUCGGGAAAAGGAGCGCAACAAAGGGCAAAAGAAGUCCUUGAUCUUACAGAAGAAGUCUGAGGAAGUGGGGCCUCUGGACUCUGUGGAGCCCACAGAGGAAGAAGAAAACCAAGUUAUCAAGUUGACUGCUCCUGUGGAAAUUGGAAUGAAGAUGAACUCCAGGCAGCUGGAAAAGUACUGGGCCGCCCUGGAAGAGCUGCUGAGUGAGGUGCUGCUGACCCCCCAGAACGACAAGUGACAACCUGCUUCUCCAGCGGCAGAAAAGGUGGAUGACACCAGGAGCCUGCUUCCCAUCCGAGGCAGGCCCCAAAAUCUGCAUGCCCGACAGCCAGGCUCCGAAGGAAAAUAUUCUCUCCCAAGCAAGCCCCCCUCCAGCAAAUAAAG